GAUGCUGGCAGGUCAGCUUAGCCACUGCGUCCCGAGUAGACGGACCUAGCCAACCGUUAAAAGCUAGCGAACAUUCCCUUCCCCCCUACAGUACUCUCCUUUUACAUACGUAUAUAAAAUCUUCGAAGAACCGUGUCCGUGAUAAAAUGAAGAGGCGGAUACACUUCGGUUUUGUGCUGGUUUAUUCGUUGGUCUCGUAUUUAUGUUCGUGCUCGGCGUUUUAUCUUCCGGGUUUAGCCCCAGUGAGUUUUUGUGAAGACAGCAAAGGUGGUGAAGAUUGCCAGACAGUGAUUCAGCUGUUUGUCAAUCGCUUAGACUCAGUGGAGUCAGUCCUGCCUUAUGAGUAUGACGUGUUCGACUUCUGCAAAGAUGCCAAGGAAAUGAGGCCUUCAGAGAACCUUGGACAGGUGCUGUUUGGUGAAAGAAUUGAGUCUUCACCAUACAAGUUCAACUUUAAGCAAGAUGUUAAAUGCAAAGCAGUGUGCACAAAGAACUACAAGAAAGGCACCCAGGAGGAUGCAACCAAACUGGAUUUUCUCAAGAUGGGGAUGCAGCUGAACUAUCAACACCACUGGAUCAUUGACAACAUGCCAGUGACAUGGUGCUAUGAUGUGGAAGAUGGUCAGAAGUACUGCAACCCGGGCUUCCCAAUUGGCUGCCUCGUUACGCCAGACGGCAGACCUAAAGAUGCUUGUGUCAUCAAUUCCGAGUUCAACAAGAAGAAUACAUUUUACGUCUUCAACCAUGUGGACAUCAGGAUCACUUUCCACAAUGGAGAAACAGAAGGAUGGAGAGGGGCUCGGCUGGUUGCUGCCACUCUGGAGCCAAAGAGUAUCAAACAUUCAGAUGAGAAAAACCCAAACUGUGAUGGAACCAACCCGAUGGAGGUCCCUGGAGAGUUUAAUAGUGAUGUCUCGGUAGUUUACACCUACUCUGUCACAUUUGAGGAAAACAAUUCAAUCAAGUGGGCCAGUAGGUGGGACUACAUCCUGGUCUCCAUGCCUCACACCAACAUCCAGUGGUUUAGUAUUAUGAACUCCUUGGUCAUUGUCCUCUUCCUGUCUGGCAUGGUUGCAAUGAUCAUGCUGAGAACCCUGCACAAGGACAUUGCUAGAUACAACCAGGUGGACCAGGCAGACUUGAUAAAGCUUCCAUCGACCAAGGAAAAAUUCCUUCUACCCUAUGAGGAUGCACAGGAGGAGUCGGGGUGGAAGCAGGUGCAUGGGGAUGUUUUCCGUCCCCCGAGGAAAGGCAUGUUGUUGUCUGUGUUCCUUGGACAGGGCACCCAGAUCUUCAUCAUGACAUUCAUCACACUCUUCCUGGCCUGCCUGGGUUUCCUGUCACCAGCCAACAGAGGGGCUCUCAUGACAUGUGCUGUGGUCCUCUGGGUUCUGCUGGGAACACCCGCUGGCUAUGUGUCUGCACGCCUUUACAAAACUUUUGGAGGUGAAAAGUGGAAGACAAACGUCUUGCUGACAGCACUCUUGUGCCCAGGUAUUGUGUUUGCGGACUUCUUCCUGAUGAACCUGAUCCUUUGGGUGGAGGGUUCCUCAGCAGCAAUCCCCUUUGGCACUCUGGUGGCCAUUUUGGCGCUGUGGUUUGGAAUCUCAGUGCCCCUUACCUUUGUUGGUGCUUACUUUGGAUUCAAGAAACCUGCAAUUGAGCAACCAGUGCGAACAAACCAGAUCCCCCGUCAAAUUCCUGAGCAGUCUUUCUUUACAAAACCUAUCCCUGGUAUUGUGAUGGGUGGCAUCCUGCCCUUUGGCUGCAUCUUCAUCCAACUAUUUUUCAUUCUCAACAGCAUUUGGUCUCAUCAGAUGUACUAUAUGUUCGGGUUCCUGUUCCUGGUUUUCAUUAUUCUACUCAUCACCUGCUCUGAGGCCACAAUUCUGCUCUGCUACUUCCACCUAUGUGCUGAGGACUACCACUGGUGGUGGCGUUCCUUCCUGACCAGCGGCUUCACAGCAGUCUAUCUGUUCAUCUACGCUGUGCAUUACUUCUUCUCAAAGCUGCAAAUAAUUGGAGCAGCCAGCACCUUCCUCUACUUUGGAUAUACUAUGAUUAUGGUCCUUAUCUUCUUCCUCUUCACAGGUACAAUUGGCUUCUUUGCCUGCUUCUGGUUUGUAAAUAAGAUCUACAGUGUGGUCAAGGUGGACUAGAGGACUGAGGGAGAGACUGACUCCUUGCUGUCGCAGCACUGGCCUCUUCAGUGCUGGCGGUGUGAUAAAGUGGUCUGUAUGGACCUGAAUUGAAACCAUCAUUUAUAAUGGAAAGACCUGAAGAGCAGAGCCCGUCCUCUUUUGUGCUUUAAACAUAUGUUGCUAUUGUUUUCUCUUUUUUUUUUUUUUAAAUAUAUAUAAUUUUGUGUUCACUGUUGACCAGUAAUAUGUUGAGUGGCGCCUUGAAAAUCAGUGGGGGUUCCAAUGAUCUAAUGAGCAGUUUGUUUUGGUGGGUUUAACAAGAAAAGCUGAAAUGUUUUUAAGUCUCUGAAGGUAAAAUGUUCUGUAUUUUUUUUUCUUUUAUAUUAUGUCUAAAUGUUAUUUUUCAUCCAUUACUUAUACUGUAAUGAUGAAAACCUUUGUGUACAUAUACUGUACAGAGCGAGCGAGUGAGAGAAUGCUACUUAAAGAUUGUCACAUUUAUGAAACUUUCCAUUCUUUUUUCUUUUUCUUGUUGAGGUAAAGAUUGGGCUGUAAAUCCUUAAAAUAUCAGCUUGUAUUGUAGUUCAGAAACAAUAUAAAACACUGACAUUACGACGAUACAUGUCCAUUUUCUUGUAUUUGAUGGCUACACUUAAGUUUGAAUAACAAAGGUCACACUUGGUUAAGAAGCACAUCUGUAUCAUCAAAGAAUAUGCUACAACUACAGUGUGUUGCACAUUAAGGACGAUCUCUGUGACAUGCCUAACAUGUUUGGCCACAGGAGAGAUCCUCACCUAGCUGAUCAUACCGCUGUCCAUGAAUUUACUGAUUAAAUACAUAUGCACCAUUGAGAUGCACCCUUUUAGAUUUUAAUAAGCAGUUUGCUGAACUGUAACUACAUAAAAUACUGCUGUCUUUUGCUUCGAGCAGUGUGGAGUCAUCACCCAAGGUGAUAACAUUUUUACAAAUAAAUGCAGUUAAUCCAA